CUACGUUUCCCAGGCCCCCCUGCUGCUCGCCCGGGCCGCGGGAAGGGCUGGGCUGUCAAUCAGUGCGCGUCGGCGGGGGCAGCGAGCCGGGGUUCCCCCCCCCGCCCUCCUUCGCGUCCUGAUAAUAAUAAGUGCUUCAGAGGCUUAAAAGCAGGGAGGCAAGUGUCAUGCGGGUGCGUCGUAAGGGGCUGACCUCCGGCUGAGCUCCGGGGUCCGCUCUGCUGCCGGCUCAGCCCGGGGGAAAAAAAAAAAAAGGGGGGGGGAAAAAGAAAAAAAGGAAAAAAAAAAAAAAAAAAAAAAAAGAAAAGAAAAAAGAAGAAGGCAAAAAGCUUCGGAGCUGUUUCCCGAGGAAGGGGCAAGAGGAGAAAGGCUGGACAAGCCGGCAGCGAAGUGGCGAUGAGGCGCAGGAAGACGGCGGUAGCGGUCAGCUGCUGCCUUGCCUUCCUCUUGGGCACCCUACUCAACCUCCUCUUCAUCCCCGGCUCCGAGCAACCGCCGCCGCCCCACGACGGGGCGCCCCCAUCCCCACCCGGCGCCCCCUUCGACCCCCCGGAGGAGGAGGGCGGCGGCGGCCGGGCCGCCUUGGCGCGGCAGAUCCGCGAACGCUACGAGGAGGUGCUGCGCUACCGGCAGCACCGGGCGGCGGCGGCGGGGCGGCGGCCGCUGCGGCCACGGGAGCGGCGCCUGAUGGACCUGGCGCCGCCCCGCACCUCGGCGGAGCAGCCGCGGCCGCGGGGCCGAGCGGUGGCGGCGGAGGAGGCGGCGGGGCCGCGGGCUGGCGCCUCGGCCGAGCUUUCGCUGGAGCCGCCGCUGCUGGGCUGUCGCGACAUCCGCAAUGUCAGCGGGGUGCAGUACUUGGGCUCGGGGUACACGAAGGCGGUCUACAAGGCGGUUCUCAACCGCACGCUGUCCGUGGCGCUGAAGGCGGUGGAUUUCGGCGGGCACGACAUCGCCCACUGCGUGCGGCAGUUCUCCGUCCUGGGAGACUGCUACCGCCUGGCCGCCUACAAGAUCGUCAAGGAGAUGAUCCUGCUGCAGCGGCUGCGCCACGCCAACGUCCUACAGCUCUAUGGCUAUUGUUACCAGGAUAGCAAUGACAUCCCAGACACUCUGACAACCAUCACUGAACUAGGCUCGCCUUUAGAGAUGAUUCAGCUUUUGCAGACUUCUUGGGAAGACAGAUUUCGAAUAUGUCUCAGCUUAGUUCGGCUCCUGCAUUAUUUGGCUCACUCACCUCUGGGCUCGGUGACGUUGCUGGAUUUUCGCCCCCGGCAGUUUGUGAUUGUGGAUGGGGAACUGAAGGUGACGGAUCUGGAUGAUGCCAGCAUCGAGGAGAGCACUUGCACCAGUAACAGUGACUGCUUCAUGGAAUUCCCUGCAAGGAACUUCACUCUGCCCUGCUCUGUUGAGGGACGGUGUCAGAGUAUGAAUGAAAAGAGGAAUCUCUACAACGCCUACAGGUUUUUUUUUACGUAUCUUCUCCCACACAGUGCACCAUCCUCAUUGAGACCAUUGCUGGAUAAGAUAGUCAAUGCAACAGGUGAGCUUCACUGGGGAAUAGAUGAGACAGCUGCUCAGCUAGAGAGAGUUUUGAAUCUGUAUAAGAGUGGAGAGUACCUACAGAAUACGACUCGGAUGCCAAAAACUGAGUACAGACGGGUACCUGAAGCUUUUAUUCCUGAUGAGAACUACAGAUGCUGGCCAUCUUACCAUCACAAGGGCUGCCUCCUCUCUGUGUUUGAUGUCAACGAAGCCAUUGAGAUCUGUGACAGCUACUCACAGUGCAAAGCUUUUGUCUUAACAAACCAGACAACUUGGACAGGUCGGCAGCUUGUCUUCUUUAAGAUGGCCUCGACUCAUAUCAUGCCUGAUCCUGACAAGAUAACAUAUGUGAAGGUGACAGACUGACAGCUAAAGUGGCUCAGUCUGACGUGGGAGUGACCAGAGCUGUUUGUGUAUAAAUAUAGGCAGCUGUUAGGUAUAAGGUGGCUGUGUCCAGAGAGAUAAUUGCACUAUUACUCAUUCUAAUCUAUAGAGUGCUAAACAAAACUUUAAAGAAAUAACCUGCAUGACCAGGAUGAAUGUGCAAUAAAACAACAUUUUGAAAAUGUGACAAGUCUUUUUGAAGAAAAACAAAGUGAAAUAGAAGAUAUGAUACACUGUUAGGGUUUAAUUUUGGUUGUCAAUCAGCUGGCAGCUCUGGCUUUUCUAACCAAGGUUAGCAUAAUGUUUCUGACCCGCGCGUGUGUGCGCAGGGAUGAAAGCUGAUCAUUUCUAUGGAAAGUCUGUAUCCUCCGUGCUGAUAUUUAUUUGGGCACGUACAAUCACAACAGAGUAACUGAAGCAUAGAAGUUUGUAAGCUGAAUAGCAAACGUUUCUGAAGACAAUCAGCAUUUGUGUUAAAGCUAUCAAAUAUGCGAUGCCGGCAUAUUUGUCAAAAGGGAGGAACUGGUUAUGUUUAGAAUUGUAAGACUGUAGCUAAUUUUAAUUUUGCUUCCAAUGUUAUCAUAAAGUUUCAGUUUUAAUUUAAAAGUGCCAUUUCGUAGGUCUAGCAAAUCACAUAAGCAUAUGAAUAGUCCCACUGAAACCAUGGGGACCUAGCCAAGUGCCGAGUGCUUUGCUGAAUAGGGAUAGGCCUAAGCAUAUGCUUACAAUUAAGCCUAUGCUUAAGACUUUUGUUGAAUCAAGUUUGAAUUGUUCAGGAAGCCACAUCUUUGACAGACUGGCAAAGCAAUCCAGCUGGUGGAACAGUACUAGUUUAAUGACUAUCUUGCAGUUACUCAUGUAUUUUAUUGUCAAAUCCUUGGUUUCCUAAGGCACUGCUUCCUAAUUCUUAGAGUGAAUGAAGUAAAUGACCUUAAUAAUGGCAAAUGAUUGCUCGCCUUAAUUCUAUAUAAAAUGCAUUUUACAGGCAUGGUGUGUCUAGAGAAUUUGCUUUCAGUGAAAGCAAUAAAGUAAAUGCUAAAGUGACCAAUGUCAUACUGUUUUGUAGUUUGUACAGUAAGGAAAAAAAAUGAGAUUUGUUUCUCAAAUUGUUUAUUUUUGUAAAAAAAAAACAAAACAACAAAUAAUAAAAAGUUAAUUACAAUUUCUUUCAUACUU